AUGGCUAUAGUGAUGGAGAGGGAGUCAUUGAUGACUGAAGCUCAAAAUGCACCGGUUACUGCACAGAGAAGGGUCAGAAAUGAUUUGGAAAAUUCUCUGCCAAAGCCAUACAUGCCCAGAGCAUUGAAAGCUCCUGAUACGGGCCACCCUGAAGGAACACCAGGUCACAAGCACUACAACUUGUCUGUUCUUCAGCAGCAUUGUGCUUUUUUUGAUCAAGAUGACAAUGGUAUCAUUUACCCCUGGGAGACUUACAUGGGGCUGCGCUCUAUUGGAUUUAAUAUUGUUGCAUCUGUUAUUAUGGCUUUUGUUAUCAAUGUUGGAUUGAGUUACCCCACUCAGCCUAGUUGGUUCCCUUCUCUCCUUUUCCCUAUCUACAUACACAACAUACACAAAGCAAAGCAUGGAAGUGACUCUGGAGUUUAUGACACAGAAGGACGUUACGUGCCAGCGAAUAUAGAGAAUAUGUUUAGCAAGUAUGGUCGUACAGUUCCUGACAAACUCUCACUUGGGGAGCUCUGGGACCUGACAGAGGGAAACCGAAAUGCGUUUGACCCAUUUGGCUGGCUCGCGGCUAAAUUCGAAUGGGGGGUUCUGUACAUUCUUGCUAGGGAUGAGGAAGGCUUCCUGUCUAAAGAAGCUGUUAGAAGAUGCUUUGAUGGGAGCUUGUUUGAAUACUGUGCUAAAAUGCAUGCAAGGUCUGGUACUGAUGCUAAGAUGGGUUGA